AUGAGCAGCAUCCCUUCCAUGCCCAAGACUCCGGCCGAGUGGCUCAGAUAUGUACAAAGUGAAGUCUUCACAUCCGUUCCAUCGAGGCAGGAACAAAAAACCAUCCAGAAUAGUAUCAUCGAGCGAGAUAUCUAUCUAGAUGAAACAAAGAUUGUGCAACCACCAGCCCAGCUAUGGUACGUUUAUACAGACGUCUUCGCAUUCACACAGCCGGAGAUCACCAUCUCUCCAGAAGCCUACGGGUCAAUGCAAAUUAUUGCAAGGGUUCUGACCGCGGACACACCUGUCAAUCUGAAGGUAAUUCCUGAUACAAUAUGCUGGGUUUAUCUCUACGCUUCCAUCCUCGAUCAGCCGAUCUCAGUGUCUGUGGGCGAUCAGGAGCCCCUUCUCCUAGAGCUAGGUCCAGCAACGGGAAACGUGGGUGUGAAACUGAUCGUCACCCCAGAUCAUAUCGAUCUCGAGUAUCAACAAGAUUAUAUUCGAGCGGUGGAUGAGGAUUUACAAGCGAGUCUCAACACGCAGUUGCGCAUUGCUCUAGCGCUUUCGGGGAGGAAUACCUCCGUUGCUAGUUCUAUCUGCUCGUAUGUUGCUUCGGUGACCGCCAAUAUAGCAUUGAGUUUCUAUUCCCAGACCAAUUCCCAGGCAGUGGCACUGGGGCAGCAGCUGGAAGUCCAAGGGAUGACGGGGCCGGAUAUGGGUUAUGCUCCAAUUCUGAAGAUUGACUAG